AUGGACUCCCCUCUGAUUUCUCCCGCCAAAGCCCGCCAAGCAGCUAUCCAGGCCAAGGACUGGGCGUAUAUCAACUCGUGGCUCAGUCGCAAAUAUUCGCCCAACAGGGUGCCCCCCUUUGAACGCAACGAAGACACACUCAAAGCUUUACUGGCUAUUGCUGCAGCCAACGAUGCAGCAGACGAAGAAGCCGCUCUGGUGCACCGGGCGCGCGAAGAAGUGAUCCAAGCUCUCAAGGAGAGGGACGAGGCCGAACAUCCGCGAAAGAAGGAGAUUCUAGAAAACAUAGAGGCUCAUCUGGAUGCAACAGGCGAAAAGAGUGUCAAUGACCUAGCGGAAACGACUACUGUGCUGGGCAGUUCGUCCACUGAUACUAUCGAACUUGCGCAUGCUAUUAUGGAGCUUACUCGAGACGAAUUCGAUGCCGCCAACCAAGUACAAAAAGUUGAAUCUUUGCAAAACUAUCUAAACAAAGAGAUGGAUUCGUUGCAAAAGGAAGUCACAGUACUCCUGACAGAUCCAGCAUACACCGCCCCUGCAGAACUCUCUUCGCAGACGAUGGAGUGGGUUCGCAGCGCCAAAAUGCUCGGUGCCAAAGUCAGCGAGUAUCGAGACAGAAUAGCUUCGCUGCAGAGGAGUGUCAAUACCGAUGGGUCAACAAUCCCGGAUCUCGUUGCUGAAGAAGAAAAAGUUAUUGAGAUUCAAGAGUCGGUGGAUCACCUGGAGAAGAGUAUCAAAACUUUCUACGAUUUGCCGCCGGAUUUGGAAGAUGCGAAAAAGGAGUACAAGAGACUGGAGAAAGAGCUGGCCAGCCUCACACAGGAGCGGGACAAGUUGUUUGAGAAGGCUGUUUCACGAGGGUGA